ACGGUGCAGUGAUUCCCCCCAGCACACUUUUCAGCCCUCGUCAGACGCUGCUUUGCUUUGUUUCCUUCUCAACAAGAGCCAGAAGAAAGAGAAGAAAGAGAAGAGGCUUCUCACACCUGAGCGUGGGAAUUAUUGUUAAACUUCAAGAUGCCUCGGUCGUUUCUUGUCAAGAAGUAUUUUUCCAGCAAGAAGCCACCAUGCUACAGAGAUAGCCACCUUGAAAGCCAAACAGCUUUUGUUCCAGAAAGCUUCCCACGAGCUGAUCUUCCCACGCAGCACUCAGCCCUGACCUGCUACCCCACAGACCCCUUUGGGAGCAUGGACGCUCUACCCGCGCCCCUCUCCCCAAUCGCUCCAUCCUCCCUCCCGCCGUCGCCACUCGGGCCUCUGGACCUCAGCAGCUCACCCUUCAGCAGCAGUGGCGAAGAAGAAGAAGACGGUGGUCGUUCCUCGGCCCCCUCCAGCCCGGAUGUCAUCCAACCUGCGUAUCACUGCAGCAAGAUCUACGGCAACCACGGCGUGCUGUCCCACCGUCAGACGUCCCACCCAUCGCCUUCGCCGCUCACCGAGACCACGACGUCACGGCCGGCCUUCCAUUGCAAACAUUGCCCCAAGGAGUACACCAGCCUGGGCGCCCUGAAGAUGCACAUCCGCUCCCACACGCUGCCGUGCGUGUGUCCCACCUGCGGGAAAGCCUUCUCCAGACCGUGGCUCCUGAGGGGACACAUCCGCACACACACAGGUGAACGUCCGUUUGCUUGUCAACACUGUAACCGCGCCUUUGCCGACCGCUCCAACCUGCGUGCACACCUGCAGACGCACUCCGAAGUGAAGAAGUACCAGUGUGGGUCCUGUUCUCGGACCUUCAGUCGCAUGUCUCUGCUGCACAAACACAAGGCCUCCGGAUGCAGUCCCGCUACUUAGCGCUCAGUCCCGCUACUUAGCGCUCAGUCCCACCUUCAGGACUUUCAUUGACUUGAGUGCCUUUUUUUAUUUUUUAUUUUUUAAUUGGUGGCUGCAGCGACCUACGUGUGUGUGUGUGUGUGUGUGUGUGUGUGUGACCUGAGAGCAGCUGGACAUGCAGUUAAAUCCUAGGAAACUCCCAAUGGUGCCGGCCGGUCCGGGACUCUGGCCAUGUUGCAGCUGCUUGGGUGUGUUAUUUUGUGUGUGUGUGUGUGUGUGUGGAUGCCAUUCCUUAUUAUACAUACAUGAUGUGUGUGUGUGUGUGUGUGUUGAGACAGCUGCCUGUGAAGGUGGGUGACAGGUGACCCAUCCUGGGCGCUCCACAGGGUGUCAUCACCUAUGAAUGGACCAUUUAAGCUCGACCAAAUGACCCAGUUUGCUUUCACCACUAUUUCUCUGGUGUCUUAAUGGGAUGUGUGUUUUUUUUUUGUUUUUUUGUAAAGGUUUUCACCAUUUUGUUCAUCACAUGCCUUGUUUUCCCUUCCACGU